UCUCAAGGCUAAUUAAUCAAGCAAAUUCAACAUAGUCAGUUGACGUCUUUCCAAUUCGUUACUAAUUACAACGUUUCGCUUCUUUUGGUGGAAUAUGAUUCCCGCUUGGGACCAGUGAACAUUAGUGACUCAUCUACAAUCUACGAAUAUCAAUCUUUUGUUAUGACGUUUAGGCAGCCCGUCUUGAGUCAUGAUCAAGAGGAUUUUAAAGAAGACAUCCUUAAUCAUUUGAAAGAGACUGAUUAUCGCGUGUAUCGAACAAGAUGGAUAAUUGUCUUUACAUUUGCGUCAUUGAGUUGUACAAAUGCUUAUUUGUGGAUAUCUUAUUCCCCCAUUGCUAACUACUUUGUCGAGUUUUACUCAACUAGUAACACGGUUCUCAAUCUCAUUUCUCUAAUUUACCCUUUGACUACGAUAGUACUUGGUCUCCCAAUAGCGUAUGCCAUAGAUCGUCUUGGAGUUCGUUUCAUUGUUUUGUGUACAGCUAUUUGUAACUUAUUGUGUGGGUGCAUGCGCGUUUUGAGUAGCGCACCACAUAUAAAUAUUUCAUCCUCUGGACGUCUCAUUUUGAUAGUAUUCGGACAAGUAAUCGCUUCUUUUGCUCAACCAUUCUGUCUGUUCUGCACAACCAGUCUUGCGUGCGAUUGGUUUCCCGACAAUCAGCGUACCACCGCAAACACUAUUGCGUCUCUUGGAAAUUCAGUAGGCAUAUUGCUGGGCAGUGCGUUUGCCCCUAACUAUGUCAAGAGUUCUUCCGAUAUUGUUAGUUUCAAUUACAUAUCCUUGGGAUUGGUUGCUGUUCAGUUCUUCUUGUCAAUAUUUUUAGUCCGCAGAAGUAAACCAAUCACACCCCCUUCAUAUGUGGCGACCUUGGCUAUAGAUAAUCGUCGAGUCAACUCUAACAGACAUUUUAUUUCACUUCAUUCUUUAUGCAACUUUUUGAAAGCGUUUGGUCCACCCCUUAAGCUCUAUGGAUUUUGGAUUGUUACAAUUACAUUCAGUAGCUGUAUCGGAUAUUUUACUGUCUUGUCGGCUCUUCUACAGCAAAUUCUGUGUACAAAAGGUUACUCCAACCAGUUUGCUGGGUUUUGUGGAUCAAUCACAAUAGUUGCAGGCCUAGUAGCAGCUGCUCCUGUUGCAUUGUUUGUUGAUAGAACGGGAUUCCUUAUUGAAACAUUAAAGAUCACAUUUUUACUAAGUGUUUUGGGCUCUGUCUGCCUAAGUAUUGUAUUUUGGUUCCCUAAUCAGCAAAUACUAAUCACCAUUUGUUUAAUUUGGCUUGGAGCAUUUGGUUUCUCUCAGUUUUCCCUGUGUUUAGAACUAGCUGCAGAGGCGACUUAUCCAGUUUCUGAAGCAAUUACAACCAGCUUUCUUAUCAUCUCCAACCAAAUAAUUUCCCUCGCAAUGUUGCCUAUUUUACAGUUUACUGCACCUUUAGCUAACAAUUCAACUAAAAUUAUCAGCACUUGUGGUCCGAAUGAAGAUAUACGGGAUUUCAGUGCACCACAUAUGGGUUUAUGUGCUUUUAUGGUUUUAUUAUCAAUUGUCCAACUUUUCACCUUAAAGUUACCAUAUAAACGACGAGAAUGUUUAAAUUCUGUUGUAAUCACUGUUGGAUCUAAUAAUUAUAUCAAUGAAGCAAAUGAUGAAAUUCCAGAGGAUUUCUAAUGGGGAAAAAAGACAAAUAGUUAUAACACAGCCUAUUUAUUGUAAUUAUUUAUUUUAUUUAUCCAUUCAACCCUUAUGAUUUUUUUAUGCUGAAACGUUGAAAUUACAUCUAUUUAUUUGUUUGCAUAAUAGGUAAUAUUCAUUCUCUAUUAUUUUUCUAUCUUUUAUUUAUUGCGGAAUUGUUGAAUUACUUUUGAGACAUUUCUUUAUUGACUGAUAUAUUUAUAUAUAUCUUCUUGUUUAAAAAUACAAAUGAUUAUUCAAUAAUGAACAUUAUGAUUAUUAUUACUGCACAAUACAACAAAUUCCACACAAUAGAUUUCGAUUUGUUUACAUAGUAUUCAUUGUUCGAAGUAAGAAAAUUGAACACACACAUCUCUAAAGCAGUGCUGAAACAUUAGCAACAUAGCAUAGUGACAAAUUUAUAUAUGCAGAAACAAUAUGUACAGUUCAUAUUCUUAUCAUGAUCCCACCUUUGUAUUUCUUUUACAUUCCAAUUUACCGUUCUGUCCCUCUUUUUGUUUAGGUUACAUGUAAACUUAUCAUUUUUAUUUCACUACGCCCAGACAUCUACUUCACUAAAAUUCUGGAAUUUGAUUCAUCCUAAUUUUAUUACUGCAUUACCCAUUUUAAUAAGAUCUUUAUUUACCUAGUUGUAAAAAAAUCACACCAUAAACUCUAAUUCAUUUUGAACUAUGUUGAUAGUUAGUGCUUUGCAGGAGGAGUAGUACAAAUCUUCUCACAUGAUUACAUAAAUAAAUGAUUUGCACACAUUUCCAAAUCAUUUUAUUGUAACAGGUUAAAUUCACUUACCAAGUAUAGAAGUAUGAAUACAUGCAGAGCGAAUAUAUGUUGAUCAUUUCAUUUUUUCAACAAUUUUCUCAUUAACCUGUUUUUUACUAGUUAAAUUAUAUUUUUGACUCUUAUUAAAUCAAUUCUUGUUGAUUGGUCACCUGUCAUCAGUAAAAGCCUUCCUUUAUUUCAGACUGACUAAAUUCAUGGCUUCCAAACGAUCAUUUCCAAGAAUUGAAUGUCAGCCUCAGUGCAUCAUUAAAUCGAAUAAAACAUUUCUAAACAUUAACCUGUUUUUUAAUACAUUCUCUCUCGAGACGUGCUUUUUUGUACAUACAGGUUACUUUCAAUGUCAGUUUUCUCAGUAUUUUGUC